AGGGACGUCGGACAGUAAGCGACUUUGGAAUGGCGAUCUCUAUAUUCGCCAUGACAUUACUGGACUUCUCCAUCAAGGACGUCUAUACACAAAAGAUGCCUGAACUAUCAAGUCUACAACCUACAGUCCCCGAGAAGCGUGGAUGGUUCGUGGGUCCCGCGGGGAUCCACGCGGGAUGGAUGUUCGCCGCAGUUAUCCCGGCAGUCUUUGUGAGCAUUCUGUUGUUUAUGGAAACAGAACUGACGGGAAUUGUUUUGAACAAGAAAGAGAACAACCUGCGCAAAGGCGCCGGGUAUAAUUUAGACUUGAUGGUUGUGGGUUUAGUAUGUGGGUUGUGUUCGUUCAUGGGCCUACCAUGGAUCUGUGCGGCGCCCGUCAGGUCGGUGUCGCAUAAGAAUUCCCUGACUGUAAUGAGUACCACGCAUGCGCCAGGAGAACGGGCACAUGUUGUGAAAGUCAUUGAACAGCGAGCCACAAACAUAUUUAUACAUAUAUUUAUCGGUAAGUCAUUUCUUUUGCUUUGCCACUUGCAGUAAGAGCCCCAGCUAGGGGUGGAAAAAAAAUUUUACUUUCUGGGACCGCAAAAGAACAUUGAAAAUGUUCUGCAAACAAUCGGGUAAAUCGACACUCGGUCACUGUAACUGUGUGACACUAACAAGUUGGCAAACUGGAUGCCAUGCUAUAUUUUACAGUCAAACUGGAUGUUUUCUUGCAAGCAACAUUGCAAUAUUGUCUCACAAUAGUGCAGUUUUGACAGGGAGAUUGCUGUGAGUAAUUUGCAAGCGACGAGAACAAAUUGCAAGUUGAAAUUCACAAAAGAUUUGUAAACAAAGCUUUCUGAUUGGACUAUUAGUAAAAAGGAAGCCAAUCAAAUAGUCUGAGCAACUGGAUUGGUGCUUCCCUUUUUCUUAUAGUCCAAUCACAGGCUUUGUUUACAAAUAUUUUGUGAAUUUCAACUUGCAAUUUGUUCGUCUCGCUUGCACAUUGCUCAGAGCAAUCUCCCUAUCAAUAUUGUAAUAUUGUGAGACAAUAUUGCAAUGCUGCUUGCAAGAGAACAUCCGGUUUGACUGUAACAGAUAAAAUACUUCAAUGAACCGAGAAUCUUAAUGAUACUUUUAGGAAUAUAACAUGCAUAAAACAAAUUUAGAUAACUUAAUGUAGUAAUUUCCGGCAAAACAACAUGUUUUUGUAGAAUUUUGAGCAUUAUUCUAACCUUUAUGACUCGUGUUUACUAGGUUUCUCGGUUCUACUAGCUCCAGCGUUAAAAGCGAUUCCUAUUGCAGUUUUAUUUGGAGUAUUCGUUUAUCUUGGCACAAUAUCACUGUCUGGAAAUCAGUUUAUCAUUCGUUUGGUGAUGUUCUUCAUGCCGCCGAAACAUUAUCCUGACUUCAGAUUUGUACGCAAGGUAAUCUAGUCAGUCCAGUGCUUUUAUAUUACCAUUCACGUGUGUUUUUUCUCAAUUGUGUUUGGCUAAUUUUCCUGCAAAUAACUGGUACAAAUGAUGGUCUGAGCAUUACGCACAUUCAGUGCUCAACAGGCUUGUUACAAGUUGUUCCAACAACUUGUUAUCGUCCUGCAAUUCAUCAAUUUGUCAACAAGUUGUGAGCGACAACCUUGUAGCAACUUUAUUACAGCAUUACAAUUUGCUGACAAGCUUGCUACAAGCCUGUUAGGCAUUACUCGUACCUUGAUCAGUUAAAGUGUCACUGACACCAAACUAUGAUUUUUGGUAUGUGUAAUAUUUGGGCCAUUCUAAGAUGACAAGUAAUAUAUCUUUAUAUAGUCCAGCGGAAAAGUAAAAAAUCAUGCACUUUGUGAAGAAAGCACCCAAUUCACAGGAAGUGUAGACUUUAACAUGAUAAUGAAUCUUAGAUAUGGAGGCAUCACCAAAACUGAUGCUGACGGCUUAAAAUUUAGGAUUUCUUAUAUUCUCUUAUUAAACUCUAUUACUGUUUAAAAUUGUGAAAUUGCAGGUUCACAUAUAGCAAAAAUGACUUGCAUGAUUAGAAAGCUUACAAAAAACUACAUAUAAGACUUUUAAACGGCUGAUUGAUUUUCCAAGCAGUUUUCCAGUUAUUGCUAUUUAAAAACGUGAUAAAUAGGCAAAAAUCCCGCCAAAGUCCUGGACACUAGCCCUAAAACAUAUUUUCAACCGCUCAUAACUCCAGAGGAGUUGGAAAAUCAGAGUAACUGCUUAAAUGUCUUAUAUGCAGUUUUUUGUAAGCUUUCUAAUGACGCAUGUCAUUUUUGCUAUAUGUGAACCUGCAAUUUCACAAUUUUUAAUUGUAUAAGAGAUUAAUAAGGGAAUAUAAGAAAUCCUAAAUUUUAAGCCGUCAGCAUCAAUUUUGGUGAUGCCUCCAUAUCUAAGACUUAUUAUCAUGUUAAAAUCUACACUUCCUGUGAAUUUGGUGCUUUCUUCACAAAGUGCAUGAUUUUCUCAAAUAUCUGUGCAUAUCCGCUGGACUAAUUGUGAAAACCUCAUCUUGAUCAACUUUUUCCCUGUCAAAGUUUCAGGAUAUAUUUGGAGCAAAAACAAAAUUUGCGAAUCAUCUAAUGACACCAUACAUAGUAACUACAAUGAAAAAGUUGAUCAAGAUGAGCUUUUUUACUGUAAGGAUAUACUACAUUUCUUAUUAAAACGACUUCACACAUACCAAAAAUCACAUUUUGGGUUUGUAGUGCUUUAAAAUUCGAGUUCAUUGUCUUGUGCUCAUGUACAGUAAACCCAACUGAAAUCAACUUUAUAACAUCUUCGUAGAAAUAUAACCUGCUUAAUUCCAUCCAUUUUUCGUUGACAGGUCAGUGGCAGCAAGAUCCACCUGUUCACAUUGAUCCAGUUGUUGUUUUUGUGUGUUCUCAUUGCUGCAAAGAUGACGUAUAUUGCUCCUUUGUUUCCUCUGCUCGUUAUUUGCCUUGUACCCAUCAGAAAACAGUUGUACAGAAUUUUUAACCAGAAAGAAUUGACAGAGGCAAGUAUUUGUGAAGAUUCUGCUACAUCCCUAUAUAAUUAAUUAAAUGCAUCUAUAACUAUGUUUAUACAUACCCCCAAUAUCCUCUCCCCAAUAUCCCACCAUAUCCUCCUCCCACCCCAAUGCCCCCAAAAAAAAAGUGUCCGCCAUGUUCAUUGUCUUUCUAUUUUUCAGUUGGAUAACGAGGAAUCACUUGUUUACGAGGAUGAUAUGGACGAGUAUAAUAUGAUCCAUGUCCCAAUAUGAGGUGUGGAUAUAUGUGGAUAUAACGUGAUAUAUGUACCAAAACGAGCUGUGGUAACUAUGGAUAUCUAUGAAUAUAAUAGGAUACCUGUUCCAUACGAGGUACCAUUUAUGGAUAUAAUAUGAUAUGUGUCCCUGUAUGAGCCGUGGUAUCUUUGGAUAGCUGAGUAUAUUAUGUGGUGGUAAAUGUAUAUAUGGAUAUGAUAUGAUGAUAUAACAGGACCUGCAGUGAUUGGCAGGGUACCAUAUCGUGCAGGCGAGUUAAUGUUCCUGUCUGUAUAUGUAGUCAUUAAUUAUCCCUAACUACCGCAUAUCACCCAAAUUACUUGGCAUUAUACCUAAUUACAAUGCAUUAUCCAACUUUUCAUUAAUUAAAUUAAUUUUCAGCUUACAAUAGGUGAAAUAAAUAUUCAUAGUGUUUCCCAAAACAAUUAUAUUUAUCGCUAUGCGAACCAGAAUUUACAGAGAUUAUUUAAUCAGAAUGAAUCAUGAACUCUCAUGUAAAUAUUUGUAACUUUUUCCUAUGAUUUGACCUUUCGUACAACUUGUAAAACAUUUUCUUGAAACCUGCGAUGAAACUUCUACUAAAGAGUUCGUAUAAUUAUGUUAUUCGUUUAUAUUAUUCGUUUAAUUCUUACUAAAGAGUUAUAUGUCUCUUUGUAUAUACUCAAUUAUUUUGACAAUUUUAAAAAAAUUCUGUCGAGCAAAAAAUUUUCAAAUUACGCAAAUUUGAUUAUUAAUAAAUUUUUUUGGCUUGAAAGAUUUUUUAAAAUUUUCAGUACAAUGUGUACACUAAGAAAAAUCAUUUUAUGAAUAUUAAUUAAAAUUUGGGGUCACCGAUGUCUUUUUCGAGAAAAUACAACUGCAUGAGCACUGUAGACAUUUCAAACAGCGAACUCUGUAAAAUUGGAAUGAUAACUCCGACAUUGUUUUUGAAGCCAAGAUGGCAGAAAUUGAAGCCCAUCUUUUAGGUAUGCUCUAGCUGAAUGUAGAACCAUGGCCCUACGAAACUAGAACAACUGGUCUUUCAGAGUAAUCAAAUUUUAGAAACUCAUCUUCAUAAAUAGCAAUGUUAUUUGACGAGUGAAAAACAAGUUCGGAAUCCCCCCUCCCCCGGAGAAACACCGGACUAUCUAUGAGGGAUUUAUGUUUUUCUGGACUAUCUAUGAGGGAUUUGAACUGAACACAGAAUGAUAUGGACUGCAAUUGGCCUUUCUCACGUUGACGAAUAUCCGCCAUUUUUGGGUGCAGGCAUCUAAUUCUCUUUAACCAAUGCAGACAAUUAAAACAAUGUGAAAAGAAAUUUUCCAAAAUAAACUAACCAUUUACAAAGCAAAUUUACCAUCAUUCGUCCAAAAAAUUAUAAAAGUCGUUGUUAUGUGGACUUAUCUCGCAGACUUCGGCUGAAAAGCCACCCAAAAAUGACGGCGUGAGAAAGGCUAAUUGCAAAGGUAUUUACCACUAAAAAUGAGCAUUCAUAUGCAAAAAUUGAACAAAACAUCGAUCGGAAAACGUUAGUCAUUUUUCAGCUCCCACGAAACCCACGCGAAAAACACGCGUGUGUUAUUCAUACGAGAGAUCACUCUAUUAGCCAUUCCGAAGUUGAUGAGUGGACUGUGGACGAGUGUUAAAAAGUGCCCAAAUUAAGAAAUGAACCAAAUCACUAAAAAGACAACCUCAAAAUUAGUAAGUAUACAAAGUUUGAAAACGUUUACGUGAAUACCCUUCGAAUAAUAAGCUUUCGAAAAUUGUGAAAUUACUGAUUAAAAGAUUGUACAUUACAUUUUACAUGAUACAGUACAUUUUAUAUUCGAAGGGUAUUCAUGUAAACGUCUUCAAACUUUGUAUACUUACUAAUUUUGAGGUGGUGGUUUUAGUGAUUUGGUUCAUUUCUUAAUUUGGGAACUUUUUAACACUCGUCCCCAGUCCACUCAUCAACUUCGGAAUGGCUAAUUGCCCGCCAUCUUGGCUUGACUCAAUCAUAGAACAGUUUUUGAGUUAUCAUUCCAGUUAUAAUAGAGUUCGCUGGUUUCAAGUACCUUAAAUAUAAACGCUAUGGUCAUAUACUUUCGACUACUGAAAGAAUAUUUUGUGUUUAGUAUGGCUCUUAUGUUAGAAAUUACUUUGCAGGUUUCAGCACUGAGUAUCCCACAAAAACAUGGCUAAUUCAGAAUAUAGCUCAUGCAAACAUGCACGUCUUCAAAUUUUCGUACUAGAAUAUUUUCGAAAUCACACGUAUUUAAGUUGUCCAAUAUACAUUGUAUGUUCGUAUAUUUGUAUGUAAAUUAUAUAAAUAAGAAGUCACUUUAUACAUUUAUAAAUAAUUUUAAAUUUUGUACAUAUAUUGAAACAUAGUUUGGGUAAACAAAUUCAAAAUCUAUUUUGAUCAAGAACAGUAAUGUGUUGAAAGUAUUGUCAGUGUUAUACUGUAGAUUAAGUUCAGUUAUAGGUAUUUGAUAUAAACACAGUUUUAGCUUAGUUUUAGAGUCUCUAAGAGGAUGUCUAGCAGAGGAAAAUUGCAGAAGAUAAAGCAACGGCAUUAAGGUCAGUAGUUUGAUACAAAGAAUACGUUGAGUGAGAUAUUGUAGUGCCUGUACUUGUUUUUGUGUUGAUUUUGAAUCCCCGCUGGUUGGUUGCUCGCCUUCGG